CCUUGAUUUUAUACGUAAUAUCUUCUUAGUAGUUUGUGUUGAUUCUAAAUCUGUGCGUCCACGUCUCGUCGUCCACUUGUCGCUUUUCUUGGCAAAUUAUACUUGUUUUCAUUACGAAAAUUUUACAUAUUGAGAGUGCGAGUUGUGACGCAGGACCGUGAGAGAUGGAGGCAAGUGCUGAGUCUGGCAGCAUGUCGCCAGCGCUCGUGAAGCUGGAGCCCGAGACGGACCAGUCGGAUAUGACCCCUGUGAAGGAAGAAGCUGUUUUCCUGGAUGAAGAGGAGCGCGUGAAGGAGGAGUGGUCGGACAGCACGGCCGGGCUCGGCGUGAGCGAGGCAGCCAUGCUGGCCGACUUGUACAUCGAGCACGAGGUGAAGGACGAGCUCGUGCUGGGGCCGGAGCGCCCGCACCGCCCCGUAGUCGCCCCGGCCGCCCUAUCUUACCGUGUCGCAGCGUCCGCUGAACAUAAACCUUUCUGGUGUUGUCAAUGUAACUACAAGUGUAAAAGCAAAUCAAAUUUACAGAAGCAUCUGUUGACACACAAAGACGAAAAGCCUUUCAGGUGUAGCCACUGUGACUACAAGUGUAGACGAAAAUCACAAUUACAGUCUCAUCUGAUUAUUCACUCUGACGAAAAACCUUUCGAGUGUGGUCAAUGUGAAUACAAGUGUCGAAGUAAAACGUGUUUACGGAAGCACCUGCUGACACACACAGGGGAGAAGCCAUUUAGUUGUAGCCAUUGUGACUACAAGUGUAGAAACAAAGGAAAUUUACAGAAGCACCUGUUGAUACACACAGACGAAAAGCCUUUCAGGUGUAGCCACUGUGACUACAAGUGUAGUCGAAAAUCACAACUACAGUCUCACCUAACUACUCACUCUGACGAAAAACCUUUCGAGUGUAGUCACUGUGACUACAAGUGUAGACAAAAAAGCAAUUUAAAGUCUCACUUGAUCACUCACUCUGACUCUGACGAAAAACCUUUCGAGUGUAAUGAACGUGACUACAAUUGUAGACAUCAGUCUGAGUUACAUGCUCAACUUAUGGCUCACAAUAACGUGAAGCCAUUUAGUUGCAGCCUCUGUGACUACAAGUGUAGAAUAAAAUCAGUAUUACAGUCUCACUUGCUUACUCACUCUGAAAAACGUUCAAAGUCUAGUCAAUAUGACUACAUGUUUAGACGAAAAUCUCAAUUGCAGACUCACCUGAUUACUCACUCUGACGACAGACCAUUCGAGUGUAAAGUGGCCGUCAAUAGAACUUCCAAACAAUGUAAACAAACCGCCAUUUUGAAGUUGUCUCCGAAUGAUGAAUUUCUUAGUGAUGCGAAAAUACUCUAUCAAAUAAUAUCCAAAGGUCAAUUAGGCGCUCUCCACACGCACGCGAUGUUCGAUACGCAGAAAGAGUCCAUGAGUAAAUUAUGCGUUCAAGCCAAGAAAAACAGUUAA